AUGGCAGGAGCAAACGAUUCAGAUGAUCCAUGGGCGAUUCCAGAAGGUCAUCUGAAAAGCCGUCGAAAUAUUGUUGACAGGACAAAAGCCUUAUCAUUGAAUGAUAAAUCCAAGGUAAGCUGUGGUGACAUUAAUAAUGAGCGGCAGUUGUUCGGAGGUUUUUCAGUGCCGAAAGUUUGUGGUGAAAACGUAUUUGGUGGUAAUUUAAAUUUACGAAGUGACUCGCAAGACGGAAGAAACAAUCAUGAAAGAGUGGUUGAUGGCAGUUAUAGCAGCAAUAGUCGAGGAAUGCCAUUUAAUUCUUUCCAGACAAAGAAUUCAUUUGGAAGUUCAUUGCAGCGUGGAUUUGGAAGUACAUUUGGUGGUGGACUUCGCUCAACAAAACCGACUGAUCCAUCUAGUGGCGACAGAACUUUUACAUUCCGAGCAACUACUCCGGGAUUUGAUACAGGCAGCAGUUUUUCUAAACGUAAUCUGCUUGUAAUAAAUUCGAAUCAGGCAAGCAGUAUGGGUCAAUUUACUGCACCAGCUAGCACUAUUAAUUUAUCGAAUUCCUCUGUCUCAUCGCAAUUCAACAGUAGUAAUGAACGAUGGGCAAACAGACGGAAUAGACCGGAAGGUGAAGGAGAUUCAGAGUUAGAACGAAAAAAUUUGGAUGCAGAAAAUAGCUAUUUCUCAUCGGCACCGCCAUUUGCAAAGAGCCAGAGCUUCAAUAAUAAUGUCGCGAAUGUUCGAAUGCAGCAGCCCUUCAAGACGGAAAACUCACCAACGACACAUACAUUAUCUCUUGAAGAACGUGAAAAAAAAUUUUGGGAACAAGCUGCUUGUCGUUCAUCUCCAUUCGUUCCUAGUCAGAUGGCAACAGAUACACUUAACAACACAACUCCUAAAUUUGGCGGUUUCACUUCUCCAUCCAGUGGUCGGCCGCUAUAUGGACGAAGUCUUUGCGCCGAUAAACAAAGUGAGAAAAGCCGUGAUACUGCACCAUCUUUUUCUGCUUCACAUCAGCGGAAAGCGGUGAUGAAUGUUGGUCAGGAAUCUUCCCAGCACGCUGAUGAUGGACUUUUCCCCAAAGAUGAGUAUGAAAAGCCGAUGCCAAACGACGAAAUAUCGUUGCUAAACAAAAUAUUACAUAAAAAACUAGAAAAUCUUCAAAAUGGUAGUUUAGAAAUUUCACAGGCUCGAAGUGAUCCGAAUUCACCGCUCUACUCUGUUACUUCAUUUCAGAAUUUACGCCUAAAGGAUGAACUUCUGAAGGCUUUAGAUAAAAUGAGCUUUUAUAUGCCAUCAAAAAUUCAAGAAGCGGCACUACCUUUACUUCUGGUUGAACCACCGAUGAAUUUAAUUGCACAAGCACAAAGUGGUACGGGCAAAACAGCAACAUUCGUGCUUACAAUGCUUUCACGCGUUGUUCCAUCAAAUAAAUGGCCGCAAUGCUUAUGUCUUGCACCUACUUAUGAAUUAGCUAUGCAAAUCGGUCAAGUAGUCAAGAAAAUGAGCGAAUUUUUGCCAGAAAUCGAAAUUCGCUAUGCAGUUAAGGGUGAACAAAUGUCACGUGGUGAAAAAAUCGAAGAACAGAUAAUAAUUGGCACACCAGGUAAAAUGCUAGAUUGGGUGACAAAACUCAAGGUGAUCGAUCCAUCGAAGAUAAUUUGCUUGGUGUUAGAUGAGGCGGACGUUAUGAUCUCACAGCAAGGGCAUCAGGAUCAAAGCAUUCGAUUGCAUAAUGAAUUAGAGCGAUCAGGAGCGAAAUAUCAAAGUUUGCUGUUCAGUGCUACAUAUGAUGAAAGUGUUCGAUCAUUUGCAGAUUACAUUAUCAAAGAUGCUGUCAACAUCACUUUACGAAGAGAUGAGCAAACGUUGAAAAACAUCAAACAGUAUUAUGUAAAAUGUGCUAAUAGAGAGGAGAAGUAUGAAGCUGUGAUGAAUUUAUAUGGAGGUUUAACGAUUGCUUCAGCUAUAAUUUUUUGUUACACGCGUAAAUCUGCUGAAUGGUUAGCUGCUCGGAUGAGUCAACGAGGUCAUGAUGUAACGGUACUGCACGGUGAGAUGACAAUCGAGGAUCGAGCUCGAACUAUUCAGCAGUUCAAAGACAGCAUUUACAAAGUGCUUAUCACAACGAAUGUUUGUGCACGAGGUAUUGAUGUUUCUCAGGUAUCAGUAGUUAUAAAUUACGAUCCACCAGUGACUUUUGCCGAUAAUCCACAGCCGGAUUACGAGACCUAUAUCCAUCGAAUUGGCAGGACAGGAAGAUUCGGGAAAGCAGGAAUCGCGAUCAAUUUGGUUUCUGAUGAUUUCUCACUAAGUGUUAUUCAACGAAUUGGCGACUAUUUUGGUGUGGCAAUUGAAUCCUUAGAUGCGAGCGAUAUGGAUCAGUUGGAGGCAAUCGAUAAGGAUAAAUUUUGA